CGUGCUGACAGCUGGCCCCGCCCCCGUCCAAUAGCUCUGCUCCUAUUGGUCGAGCGGAAGGUCAGCUGCUGCACCAAGGAUGCACGUGCUGCUCCGCGCAUUUCAAGAUCAAGAUGGCAGCCUCCGUAUGUCGGUGCUACGAGCUGGUUGGCAGACGUGCCCUGGCCCUCUGCUCCCGGCCUCUGGUCUCCUCAAUGUGGAGAGGAGACGCCUACGGGUUACAUGGGAGCCCAGCUGCAGCUGUGCAGGUGCGAUAUUCUUCAGGACGUAAAGGUUUCCUGGGAGAGUUUGUGGAUGGCCUGCGUCAGGAGUUCAGUAAGAAUCAGGAGAUGAAAGACAACAUAAAGAAGUUCAGAGAAGAGGCCAAGAGGCUUGAGGAGUCUGAUGCUCUCCAACAGGCCCGAAAGAAAUAUAAAUCUAUAGAGGCUGAGACAGUGAAGACUUCAGAGGUGUUUAAGAAGACCUUUGGCUCCCUGUCAGAGACCGUCAAGGAGGGUCUUGAGGAGGUAAGUCGUACUGACAUCGGGAAGAAGAUCAAGGAAGGUGUGGAGGAGGCAGCCAGGACAGCCAUGCACUCUGCUGAGUCUGUCUCCAAAGGAGGAGAAAAACUGGGCAGAACCGGCGCAUUCAAGGCCAUCUCACAGGGUGUGGAGACCAUGAAGAAGGAGAUAGAUGUUGGUGAUGCCGGCCCUUACAGAGCUCCCUCUCAGCUGAGGAAGAGAAGCGAUUUCUCCUCCAGAGGAGCCGACAGCGACUCCAGAGUGUUCGAGGCCAAUGAAGAGGACAUGGGUGUUGUUCUCCACAAGGAUUCAAAGUGGUUCCAGCAGUGGAAGGACUUCAAGGACAAUAACGCAGUUUUUAACAGGUUCUUUGAGAUGAAGAUGAAAUAUGAUGAAAGUGACAAUGCCCUCAUCAGAGCGUCCAGAGCUGUGACUGACCGAGUUACUGACUUCCUCGGUGGUCUUUUCUCUAAGACAGAAAUGUCCGAAGUACUGACAGAGAUUGUGAAGGCAGACCCCACCUUUGACAAAGACUCUUUUCUCAAACAGUGUGAGAAAGAUAUCAUCCCUAAUAUACUGGAGGCUAUGAUCCGUGGAGAGCUGGAUGUAUUAAAAGACUGGUGCUAUGAAGCUACGUACAGUCAGCUGGCCCACCCCAUCCAGCAGGCCAGAGCGCUGGGGCUGCUCUUCCAGUCUAAAAUCCUUGACAUUGAUAACAUAGAUCUAGCGAUGGGUAAGAUGAUGGAACAGGGCCCAGUGCUGAUCAUCACCUUCCAGGCUCAGGUCGUCAUGGUGAUCCGCAGCCCCAAAGGAGACAUUGUGGAAGGAGAUCCGGGGAAGGUGAUGAGGAUGAUGUAUGUUUGGGCGUUGUGUCGUGACCAAGAGGAGCUUAACCCCAACGCAGCCUGGAGACUCCUGGACAUCUCCGCCUCCAGCACCGAGCAGGUCCUCUAGGAGGAGGAGGAGGAACGCAGGGGGAAAGGUGGAUAUGGGACACACAAACUGUGAAGAAGGGCAGAAGAUACCAGGAUGUGCCUGGAACACCUGCACGUACUGACUCACACAUUAACAUCUGAAGGCAGAGUGCACCCAUGCUCCUGUGUUAUGCCAGAGACUGUAUUUGCACAUACUCACAUUUCCGAUCGCUACCCAGAGGAUUUAUGUCCACAUGUAAUAUAUUCGUCCACUCUAAAGUGCAGAAAUAUACAUGAACAUAGAGAUUAACUACCGGUAAAUGAUAUGUCCAUAGAAAACUGUGCAUCCACCAAUAUGUGUGUGUAGUGUCUUACACUGGUUAGCUCAGUGUUUGGGUUUCCAGGUGGAGUGUGAAUAUUUACAAUCAUUUUCAAAUGGAUGGAACCAACUUUUUCACCAGCUGGCUAAAAGAGGAGCCUGUGCCAUUUCCCUCAUUGUUUCAUCCAAUGGUACAGUCCAUCCAUGCCGACCUGGCUAGAUCCAAGAAGAUCAGUGAAAAAACAAAAACAAAAUGGACAUAACGCCUGUGACUUUAUCCGUUGGUCUCGAGAGGGACAUUUGAAGCCAAAAAUGGUUUAAUGCUCACCACUGUCUUUGUCAAAUAAUGUAAACAGAACAUUUAAAUUUGUGCAGUGGAAUGGGGCCUUGUUGCAGCAACUAACAUAGAUUGGGACAGCAUGAGAUUCCUUGUUAAUCAAGGCAAACAGGUCCCAUGCUUCAAGUUAAAGGGGCACAUCACCAAUUUUACACAUGAAUAUCAGUUUACUUGUCACAAGGAGCCCACUCAGUCUGUGAAAACAGUUGUAUGAUGUCUUCUUUGGCUCUGGAGGGAGCUUAAAAUAACCCCAAUGAUGUCAUCAGAGUUACCUCGGAUUGGGGCUCGAGAGUUAAAAUUUUUAUCAGAAAGCCUAUCUAAAAUGUAUCUCUUGUGAGAUGCCCAACUUUAUGGAAGUGCAAUACUAAAUCACUGGAGUACAACUUUAAUCACCAUAAAAACACACAUAAGAGAAGGUGACAUUAACCAUUGAGACACUUGUUUUUAGAGAGAAAAUAGGCCAAUUUACCAUUGACCAUUAAAAGAAAUGCAUCUUAAGGAAUUAUAGCAUUGGCUUCAGUGGUUUUUGCUUGGUUCCUGCUGACUUUCACAUCAGAAACUUAUCAAAACUUAAUACAUGUACAAGUAAGAUGAAGUUUAAACCAUAUAAUAUAGGAUGUAAUGAUCUGUGUAGUCAGGGUCCAUGCUGUCAUGUGUACUGUAGCUCAUAGCACCUGAUACACUACAACCUGACAAACCACAAGCAGCUGGAGAAAACAUAUCCUGGUGUUUGUGUUUGCAGUACAUUUGGAAAAACACAGCAUAUGUUUUCUCAAGUUACACUGCAUUGGGCUCCUAGUCAUUGUACUUUCUGUACACCCUCAAUAAGAAGAAAUGUAUUGUAUCUACAGCUCUUUACUCUUUGUAAAUAUAAUAAAUGUUGAGUACUGCUUCUUUGUAAGCUUUGGUGGGACCACAUUCAAACAUGUCAUCAUGACAGCUUUAUUGUUUGAGGAUCAUUUGCCAUCUCAUGUUGCACAUUUUUCAGCUGUUUGUCUUACUAAAAUGUUUGGUUUGCUAUUAUGUAUGCAGCUUUUCAAGGGGUUAGUGCUGAAGAUGAAAACUUGAAUAAGUACAUUACUGUACUGAUGUGUUGACAGCAUAAUAUAUACUGUGACCAUGUAGGCCUCUGCUCACGUCACUGAAGAUUGAACACAUGAUUGUACUGCAAUUCUCUUUCCUAGACUGUUCACUUAAUGUACAGAAACGUCCGUAACUUGUGAAGAGAAGUUGAGCUCCUGAUGAAUAUCUUUAUUGCCCAGAUUAUGCCACGAGAAUUUGUAUGUUUGACAAUUGUCCUUCAUGGCCAAAGCAUGUGAUGCGAGAUGGUCUGUUACUAACUAGAAUCCAUGACUACCCCUGAUGGUCGCACCUUGCUCAAGUAACAUUUUCUUUGAGAUAUCGGUGUGAAGAAUUUUUGUCGCUCCUGUGGGUGGAAAAUAAAACCCAUGAAAUCAGGCAACGCUCACCAUAAAAUGUGCUCUUUCAAAUAUCAAACUCAAUCAAUAGGUGAGAGGACUCAUUGAUAAACAUUUAAAAUAAGCUGUGAAGGGAGAGACUGUUAGUGGAAAAACCUGUGGCAGUAAAUCACUGGAAUUCAGCCAGAGCCUACAGCUGCUCCACGGCAAAAUCCGUCCCUAGACAAUGAUUCUUUGUUGUUUUUUGAGGCCUCACCUUUCAUCUAGCAUCUUUGUUGAGUUCACUCAACAGAGGACAAACCGUUUCCAUGUUGGACACUUAAUGAGCUUUGCUCUAAUGCCACCAUCACAUGUCAUCUUUGCACACAAAAUACAAAUAUAUAUAAAAAUAAAGAUUGCCAAGAUGCCUAAGGGGAUAAAUCUUUUGAGUUCACAAUAUAACCUUUCUUAGCAUCACCGAAAGGAGAAACUUCAUUGUUGCUCCACUACUCGUAAGGCUUGACAGAUCACCACUAUGUUUCUUCUAUGCACCACUUUGAUAGAGAGGCCACUAGCAGGACUUUACAGUGAGGGCACAAAUAUGCUCCAGCUAUUAAAGAUGUAAGAAUUUUCCUUUGUCAGAUUGAGAUCUGUUAAUGCGUAAGAUUAUUUUUGAAUGGAAUAAAGAUAAAUUCUAACAGCUCUUCAGAUUGGAGUAGAUUGGUUUACAACAAGUGACUACAGACCCAGCUUCCUAACUUGUUAGCAUGUCUAAGAAAUAUAUUGCGUCAACAAUGGUUUAGGAAAUGACAAGGUUUGCCUGAAAAAUGACCCAUUUGUUGCCACAUUUUGCCACGAUUAUGAGAAAUUCUCUGCACUCCAUCCAUCAACUACAUUCAUUAUUUUAUCUUUGAGUUGACCAAAGACAAAUAUAUUCAUGAGUUUUUCUGUUUUUAUCCAGUAAUAUGUCUGUCUGCAGAAUAAAGAGUGCUGUAUUAUGAUUUGCUUCGUCCAAGCUUUCUUAGAGUCAGCAGCUUUGAACGCAUUGUGUGUGUUUGUGCUCACAAGAGAAAAUUAAACUCUGCAAGUUGUG